UGCCUCGUGCUGUUCCUCUCGCUCUGCAUCCACACCUACCACACGUGCGGCCGUUGAAGGAUCGGAGGGAUCCAAACGCUUAUACCAACCAACCGAUGUUGUGCGUCCCGCCGAUUGGCCAAGCCUCUCGGCCAAUGAGGAAAAGAGCAGCUCUGGACUCAGCCAAUCGCGACUCCGUACACGCUCCAGCACGUGUAGCGGCCGUUGCGCUCGGUGGGUACUUCGCGUGCGGGUCGGAGAGCUCCCAAAGUAAGUGAAACGCCACGAGCGGAGGUAGCAGAAACGAGGAGGGACUGGCUAAGAGGAGUUACAGCUGUGCUCACAAGUAGAGCCGUUAGUUUUUGUGGAAGUCCCCUCUGUGAGCUUUGAUUUAUUUUUUUUAAACUAGUUCAAAUAGCUAACCGUUUUUUAAGAGUCCAACUCUCCUCCGUCCAAAAGAUGAAUUCAUUAAGUAAUUCCUCCAAAUGGCCAUCUUAUGACUCGCUACCCUCCACUCCAAGCUUUCUACUCAGUGAGACUGAGCAGACUGAAGAUGAGGCUGAAACCUUCUCAGAGGGAGAGGGGGACAGUGGGAUUGGAAAGUUGCCUUCCGCCGAUGAAGGAAUCUCACUUUCUGGAAGCUACAUUGGUUUACCUCCUCAUACCAAUCGGCUGCGUUUGAGAUCUCAGUGUGACCGGUCUGAAAAGUGCUCUGACAAGACUAAACCUCCAGGCUCUGCCCCUUCUCCUGAAGACCACACAUUAUCGUCAUCAGUGACACCAGGGGACAUCGCUUUCGCUCAGAAGUGUGCAGAUUUGCACAGGUUUAUCCAUCCUCUCCUCGAGCUGCUUCAUGGUUUAAAGACUGGCCGAUUUGACCGAGGCUUAACCAGUUUCCAGCAGAGUGUUGCUAUGGACAGGUUGCAGAGGAUUCUUGGAAUCCUACAGAAACCUGAAAUGGGUGAGAAAUAUCUUCAGAAUCUGCUGCAGAUAGAGAUGCUGCUCAAAAUGUGGUUCCCUCGGGAGGCGUUUACAUCCACAAACACACCAAACAAGACCACCACACCCAGAGUCGCAGCACACUGGAGCCAAAAUCAGCUCCACAUCCCAGUAAAGAAGAGAAAACUGAGCUGGCCAGACUCUACCCAGGCAGGCAAAGUCCCAGCCAAGCACGGAAAACACGGGAGCUGCCAUGCUGCCUCUUCACUAGACACCAUUUCCACGUGUUGGCGCGGAUCCCGUACAGAACAGAAAACUCCAGAGGAAGAAGCAGACGAAGCAGCUGGGUACAGCUGUAGCUCUGAACACGAGUUUACACGCAGGACUGGCACUUUAAGCAAGCCGUCAUAUUUAUGUAGCAGGAGAGCACAUGACAAUCGGAAGCACCCUGAGAGUUCUCCGCCCUCCUCCUCAUGUGGCAGCCCAGCUACACAAGACAGCUCGGUGUCUUCAAGCAACAUCAUUACUACAAGUGACUCACCUUAGCUGGCCUUAGCUGACCUCGCUAUCACAUGGAGGUGCCUCAGCAUGCCAGCGAGACUGAAAGCAGAGGGCGGACUCGAUUACAUAAGAAUAAAGUUGGGCGUGGAGCCAGUCUGUGAUGCUUAUAAGGAACAUUAAACCAGGAGGAGGAGGAGAACUGUACAGAGAUGGUCAUUAACCCCUAACUAUCCAGUGUUGGGUUUUUAAUGACACCAGAGUUAUUUCAAAGUGUUUGUCUGAAUGAAUUUUUAUAUACAUUGACCUUUAAGUUAAAAAAAGUUGGAAAUACUUUUACAUGUGUUAAAACAGUCUGUGCUGUGCUUUGUACAUUUUCAUAUCAUCGAACGCAGCUCUAAGCAGUAGCAGUACAGGAUUUCAUGCCAUUGAUGAAAAACGUGUUUGUAGCAGGAAAAAAACGAGUCAGUUGAAUAUAAAAUACUUUAUGAAGCGACGAUUGGUUCCACGGCUGCUUACAUUUUUUUUGCAUUUGCACUAUUUUCCCAGAGAAAAUAGGACAAAUUAAUUAGCGGCUUAAUUUAUCGUGAAGCAACUCGCAAAUUGAUUACAAAUAUACCUCAUUAUUGAACUCAGAUGACUCGAAAUUUUAUUUAGGAAAGUUUAAAAAGUAUUUUUUCCAGCUGUCUGAUUGUAGCAUACAGUAGAAUAAAGGCAUGUAGCCGCUGCCAAAAUGUGCCAAAUUAAACCAUGAUGCAUUAUCAUAUCACAAGCAGCUUACUCUAGUGUCACAGCACUUAACGUACGCUCUUUGUUUUUUUAUCUGCACUUAUUAAGAACAGAUGUAGUCCCACACAGAACAUGACUGACUAGUAAUUACUGAGCCGAGUUAGAAACCAAAGAAGCUCGGUCUUUCAGUUGGUUUUUAUUCUGUGAGCUAGCUGUAGAUAGGUGGACUUGAAAUAUUUUAUUACACUUGACCUUGGGCAGGGGUCACUUUUUCCUUAUUAGGUGAUUAAACAGGAAUAAUAUAAUAUUUAAUCCUGUGUGACUUUGAAUUGAUGCAGCUGCACUUUUGGAUGACAAUGAGGAAAUGUUACACACUAAAGGGUUUGUGAUAUUAUUUAUGAAAGCAGUACUUGAAAACCUUAAUUCCAUUCAGCAGACUUGGUGUGUGUUACGCCUGGGAUGAGCGCUUUACAGGUUUUUGUAGGGGAAAGGGUGGGGGAGGAGGACGUGUCAUUUGAUUGCAGUAGAGCAAAUCUAGCUUAUUAUUCAUACAAAAAAGCUCCAAAUGCAUUGUGUCAUCACGAGGGCAAAAAACAUCCCUUUGUGCCCUGUUUUAAAUGGAUUUGUAACCCUGGAAGUGCUUUACUAUUGAGUCAUUAUUAAGAAAUAUCAGAGGGAAUACGAUAAACAAAACACUUUCCAUUCCAUUUCUAUUAAAUACCUUAAUAUUUUUUUUUUGUACCACCAUAUUUUAUAAUCAGGUAUCAUUCAUGUUGAAUGACAUUUCAUCUCCGGUGGGUUCUUUUUGUUUUGGGUUGGUUUUUUUUUAACCAGUGAGCCUUAUUUUAUCACAUAAAGCUUGCCUGACAUUAAAUCAUACAAGAAAAAGUCAUACGAAAAGUGUACUGUUUUAACCAACGAUGGUAACAUCAUUUUGCCACAUAUGCCACUGAAAAGCGAAUGUUUCUCAGGCUUUGUCCUUACGUGUGUAUGAAUUUUCUUAUUUAAAGCAGAAAUUGGAAGCACAAGGCGGAGAACAAUAGUGCAGCGGUGUGUUGUGUUAGUCUGUUAAGAUGUAGCAUCCUGGAGUACACUUUUUGUUGUGCUGGGUUACACUUUUUAUUUGUGAUAAAGGAGUUAAGAAAAAAAAAUCAAAUUUUACAGUUUGAUGUCUUUAAUUUUCACUUGUUUUAGAAAAUUUAUUUCUUAUAAUGAAAUUAUUGCUGGUGAUUUCUUGAUAAGUACAGAAUGACAUGAAUCAGCAAAACAUGGGACAUUUUUUCUGCAUUGAUGUUUAAGUUUUCUGCUUUCCAGCCACUAAAUCUACCCCGUAAAUAUUUUUACAAGGCUCCUUUAUUAUUCCAUGGGUUAGAUAAGUACAGUUUUACUUGUAUAGCAUCAAUUUAGAGCAUAUUAUUGGAAGGUGAACACACUACAUCAUUGGGGUUAGGGUAACCGGUCAUGGCACAUUCAGGCUGCAUUGAAAAGGAAAAAACAAGGGUGCAGAUAGGCCACGAGUAACACAGCAAAUAACAAGGUGGGACCAGUAACUGCAGGUCAGGAACAUGCUGCUCCAAAGCAGGAGAUACCACCAGAAAGACACAGGGAAGAGAGAGAGGAGAAAACACAAAGCACAAAAGUGGCAUUUUCUAUGUGUGGGUUAUAUAAAGUCGUUUUUAUUCUUGUAUUAUUCUUGGUUCAGGGUCACCUGAUCCAGCAGCAGGCCCAAUUGUGAGCUUGGUAAAAAAGUAAAAUUUCUCUUCACAGCAAAGUAUUUUUUUCUGACCAGAACACCUCGUACACUAUGAACUUAUUUACUCUGCAUUCUUUAAAUGGUACAAACACAACAUUUGGCUUCACACUGGUAUGAACUAACCAUCUGCUGUAGAUUUCUCAACAUUUUUUGAGGACACACUGCACAACAUCCUGAGAAAUUCAAAGUUUUGAUGGCUAAUUUGGAAAUCACCUCAUUGGUGUAUAAGUAUUAAUUUUUGGCAUUUUUUACUGACUCAACUAACAAAGUGGAAAUAAAUUGU